AUGGAGAAGCCCAGGAAAAAGUUUACUGAUAUCAUAGAUAAGGCAAUAGCUGCUGCUAACAAAAUGGAUCGUGACGAACUACUCUUUUCUUACAAGGGGAUUCUCUACCCUGUUACUUUUUGCAGUCCUGAUGUAUUCAGAGCUAUGGAGACCCUUGAAGUCAGAAGUGAUGAUAUCAUUUUGGCAGGAUAUCCUAAAACUGGCACAAACUGGCUAGGUCAAAUCUUAAAUGAUCUGGUAGCCAUAUUUGAAAAGAAAAUACAGAAUAAAGAAAGCAGCAUGAAUGAUGAAGAACAAGAAUUCCCCUACCUUGAAAUUGGAGAUGCUGGAAAAUAUGAGAGAAUGAACAAAUUACCUUCUCGAAGAAUUCUAUUUACUCAUCUCCUUCCUGAAAAUCUUCCCAGGUCUAUCUUCAAAAAUAAAGCCAAGAUAUUGUUGCUGAUUCGCAAUCCAAAGGAUGUAGCUACAUCUUUUUACUAUUUUUCCAAUGGCAUGUCUCCUCUUCCUUCCUAUGAGACCUGGGAUGAUUUCUUCAUAGCUUUCAUGACAAAGAAAAUGCCCUGGGGAUGCUACUUUGAAUACCUUUCCAAAUGGAACAAAUAUGCUGAUGAUGAAAAUGUCAUGACAAUAACUUAUGAAGAGCUAAAAGAGAAUCCAGUCCUGGGUGUGAAAAACAUAGCCGCUUUCUUUGGUAUUUCCCUGACUGAGAAAGAGCUUCAGGAUGUGGUAGAGAGGAGCAGCUUCCAGUCAAUGAAGAAGAACUCGCAGAAGACCCAUGGCACAUUUGGCAAUGUUUUCUUUCGCAAAGGUGGUGUAAGUGACUGGAAGAAUCUUUUCACUGAAGAUCAAAAUGAGAAAAUGGACAAAGCAUUUGAAGAACGCGUAGGAGGAACUAAACUGGGAAUAAAGUUAAAGUAUGAAGUGUACUGUAAAGCCUGA